AUGUCCCAGAAAACUAAAAUUCCUGUGUCAAGGAGUGAACCAUCUAAAAGUGGGAAAAGUGGUCCAGUAUCCACGUCAGCUGCUAGACGUAAUACUCCUGGGAGAACAAGAAUGUCAGAAAGGUUCACCACCACAUCCUAUCAAUCUGGAACCACUAGAAUGGCUUCCAAAGAUGGUGAUCCAAAAAGUGCACCCACAACUAAAACUUCCACAGGUUCCAAACAGACUGGAAGUCAUUCCAAGGUGACCUCUUCAGGAUCUAAACCUGUUGGUGGGAAGGUAUCUGGAGGUAAGGUGUCUGGAGGCAAGGUGUCAUCUGCAUCCAGGAUUGACAAAUUGUCUCCAAUUAGUGAUAAAUCUCCCACAGAAAGCAAGGCUGAUUCUGACCAAUCACCAGUGAACGAUGAUGAAAACUCACCAAUGGAGACAGGUGAGAAAGAUUUAGUGGUGGAUCCAAUGUCCACCUCUUUGGUUAAGAAACAUGAUUCUGGAAUAGAAUCAGAUGGAUCCAAUAUGGAUAAAAGUGAAAUUUUUAUGGAGUCCGAUUUUAUUGAUACCCCUGUUUCAAAUUCCUCCCGUGUUAGUAAAAUUUGCGAAAGUUUAAUAAGUUUUUCAAGCAUGGAUAGUGGGAAUUAUGAUGGCGUCACUGCCACAGUAGAUGAUAAUUUGGGUUUUGAGGCCACUUUGUCAUCUACGUCAGCUUCAGUGUCAACCUCUGCGGAAAGUAAGAGUGAUGUGUCUGUGAUAAGUGUAGUGGAAAUUCCAGGUGGAGAUUUGGAGGAACAGUUAAAUGAAAAAGUUUCUGUCGAUAAAAUGCCAACACUUCUCACUGAAGACAAAGUGAGCAAAAUUGCCAGUGUGGAUGUUCAAAUUCAAGGAAAGCUUAAGAUAUACACAGACUGGGCUAACCAUUACUUAGAGAAAGCCAAAAACAAACACACAAUUAGUGACCUCCAGCAAGAUGUGUCAGAUGGGGUCCUGUUAGCUGAGGUCAUUGAAGCUGUCACUAAUGACAAAAUCAAAGACAUUAAGUCCAAACCAAGGAGUACUGCCCAAAUGGUUGAUAACAUAAACAAGUGUCUAGCAUUCCUGGCUGGUCUGGGAGUCAACAUUGAAGGACUUUGUGCUAAGGACAUUAAAGAUGGGAAUUUAAAAUCCAUACUUGGGCUGUUCUAUAGCUUGUCACGCUACCAACAGCAGCAGAAGGCCAAACUACGCCAGGGACAGGAACAAGCCAAAGCCCAGCCAGGGGAGACUACUCCAGAUAACCACCACCUCACUCAGCAAGGCAGGAACACACCUCAGCUCAAUGGAGGGGAAAUGCUAUCUAGGUUACCAUCUCCAUUUAACAAGGGGAGUAAAUGUCCGACAAUAACCAACCCCUCCAGUAAAGAAAGCGGACCUCACAGUAAUUCCAACCUCAACAACAGCCGCAGUAGUCGCUCAACUCCAACAUCAAGUGAUAGAAACAAAGCUCAACUCAACCAGCAAAACAACAAUGUCACCUCAGGUUCAUCAUUUAUAAGUGCCAAAAAUAACGUCAAUAACAACACAGUGCCCUCAGCUUCACAGCGGGCCACCUCUCCGGGCUCAUCAGCUACCUCAGGAAUCCCUAUCCCCGGGGGUCGGAGUUUGGCACACCCUCGAUCUGGUGACAAGUCAGGAGGGAGAGUGGUGAGUACCGGUAGCACCACCUCCACGAGUUCCUCAGCCUCCGGCAAAAGUACCUCACAGAAGGCUGCGGCCACCACAAAUAAAAACUCUAUGUUGGACAAAUUCAAAUUCUUUAACUCCAAAGACAAAUCAAAGACUAAGAGUAGUUUACCCAAAAGUGCCUCUAAACAGAGCACAACUAGCACAGGAAGUACCUGUUCCAGUAGUGACCGGGACUCCCGGGCGAGCGACCGGCAGUCGUCAGCCAGUGCACGAAGCUCGAGUUCCACAGACCCAGGAACAUGUGGUAGCAGUACACCUUCAAAUGACUCUGGAAGUCCCAAACUCCCUCCUAAAACCAAAUCCCUCGGGAAAGGGGGAUUUAGUGGGAGGGAAAAGGGAGGGAGUAUUCUUACUGCUGAAGAUGUGUCUUCGAAACAUAGGGGAUCCCCUUCCCCUACGCCAACUUCACAUUCAUCAACUUUACCUGCAAGUAACAAAAAAAGUAGUGCUAAAAGUGACAAGCAUGAUAAAUCUGGACAAAAAAGUUCUAAAAUUGGAACCUUAAUUCCAAAGUCUUCAUCAUCAGGAGGAAAAUCCAAGUCACCAUCAUCAGCUCCAUCUAGUGGUAUUCCAACCCCCUCAAGUAGCAUUCCAAAACCAUCGUCCUCUGGUAACAAGUCUGUGAAGAGUAGCAAAGAGGAUUUAAAGAGUAGUAAAGAUGAGAAAAGUAAAUCCAGAAACUCCAAUUCAUCAGGAAGUGCUCAAAAACUCAAUGUGCCAUUACCAUCCACUCCUUCUAGCAAUAUUCCAUCAGUUAGAUCUAUGCAAAACCACCCAUCUCAAAUUCCUGGAUGUGCCACACUGCCAUCAUCAUCAUCUCAUAAUAAUAGCCAUUUACAACAUGGCUUACAUCAGAGCAAAGAACACCCUGACCAAUCAAAAUCAAGGGACCACCACUCUCACUCAAAGACGCUUGAUCCCAGAAUGCAACAUCAGGAAAAGUCAAGGUAUACAGAGGUUGAAUACACAGAUGGAAGGUUAGAGCGAGUGGGUGAUGGCCAUAGUUCAAAACCCAGUCAGCUGCCACUAAACAACAAGAGACUGCCAACCCCACUUAACUCCAACACACAACAUUCAAACCACCAUGAAACAGGUCUCAACAAUAAUUCACAGAACAUAGCCAGAAACAGUGGUAGCAGUGCUGCUGCAGAGUCAAAUCAUAUUAUAUCUGCAUCCUCUCAAACAAUUAAUGUUGUCAAGCCUACCUGUUCUGUAGCCACCCCCUCAAAUGUAUUAACAAAGUCAGAUGGAAACACACAGACAAAUCUAUCAGUGCUGAAUAGGGCUCUUCCUCCACCCCUGCCAAAAACGGAGCCCCCUCCUCGGAGUGUCCCUAGGGAUAAUAGCAAUCAAAGCAUAGACAGUAAUAGUGCAUCAACUUCUGCUUCUGGACAUAAUAGUGACUCUACACCAUCCUCAUCCAGCAAUAGUGGUAAAAGUGGACAUAGCCAUUCUUCUAGUGAAAGUGUUAUUUAUAAACCCUCCAGUGGUGAAGAGUUUUCUGGUUCAGAAAAAGGAAGUGCUACAAAUUCACCACAUUUGGGAUUAAAAGUUUUGCAUUCUCAGUUAAACAAGACUGCAAAUAAUGUGGCUAUAGUGCAACCAAGACAUGGUGAGAAAGUAGAAACUACGUUUGAUACAGAAGUGAGGACUGAAAAAGUGAUAAAAGAUUCCAAGGAAACAACAGUUACGACAAAGGAAACAACUUUCUCGGAGAAAACAACAACAUUCGUUGACGAUGAAGGUGAGAAACUGGACAUCAAGCCUAUGGCCCCUAUUACUCGUGCUAUGUCAUACGGAUCCUCUGGAUUGCUCCGCGGAUAUGGAUCACCAGGAAACAAACUCCCAGUGUUAAACUAUCACAAUCCAGGCUAUGCAACCCCAACCCCAGCUUACUUUGCGAGUACCAGCAGAUUGGGUGUUAAUCGUCCAUUAAUUGAUCAUGGGAAAUUCUACUCCGGACCAAUUCGGAAAGUACCCUCUAGUGGACAAAACAGUGGAUUCGAUACGGAUUACAGUUCUGACUAUGACACUUAUGAUUACAUGUCUGGUUAUAUGUCCGAUGGUGACAUUCUGAAGAAUCAAGCUAAAAUGGAGGAUAUGACCAGUGGUUACCUCAGUGAGGGUGGGGCAUCCCUGUAUGCACGGCGUCUCCAGCAGCGAUUCAGGGAGGGGAUGCAGGCUGUGAAAGAAUGCAUGCAGAAAAGCAGUGGCCUGCUGGAUGAUGAUAGUUUUGAUGACAGCAGUUCCAUUAGCAGUGGAGACAUAAGUGAUACAAUUAACGAAAUUAGCACUGAUGACGGAAACUUAACCGGUGGAUCAGGACAGAGUGAUCAAAAUAAUCCUUACAACAGCAUCAAACGCAUUGCAAAUGCCAGAGGAAUUCCAAAUGGCUACCCAGGACAUGUGCAAGGCAAACGUGCCCCUAAUCUGGGGACCAGUGCUUUCAUGGGGGCAGAGUACAGCAGUGAUGCCAGUCCUAUGUCUGGUUGGAGGAAGUAUUCUCUCCCUCAGACCAACCGCUUACUAAGUAGUGACCCUGCAGACUAUGCUUACUUGUUUAAUGGAUAUAGCCAUGCUUCACCCAUGCAGCAACAAUGGGGAUCACCUCCAGUGCAAGGGCAAAUGAGAAAACUUUCUAACACUAGUCAGCCAGAUAUUAACCAUUACAGAACUCAUAGUGCUGAUUACGUUGAUCCAAAUAAAUCUGGUGCAUACUCCUCUUCCAACAGUCUGUCCAAUAAGAAGGACUCGGAAACAAACACUGAUCAGUCGCAUUUAUUGGAAGCUAGUAUGCGGCGUGUUCAGCAAGGUGGCAUGGGGCCAGGUGGUCAGGGUGGCUUUGGAUACCGCCGUCCUCUCAGCAACACAAGUACUGGGUCAGCUGGAAGCAACAAGAGCAAUGGUUCAGGGAGUUCUUGCUCAAAGAGCUCAACAGUUGGUAGUCGUCUAGCCAAACAUGGUGUGAUGAAUGACAGCAAUGGAAUCAAAUCAGGGGAAAACACUCCAUCUGGAAUUCCAAGGCCAGGAAGUGCUACAUCCAUACGAACAACACCGCAGAGAACGGAGGAAUUAUUCACUAGUGCUACACUGGAGAGAAAGAGAAAGGGAAUAAAUGGUGCAAGGACAAAUGGUAACAAUAUUUCUCCUCCUGAGGAACUUUAUAAGUCAAAUACUCUGGGUAGGAGUACUCAGAAAAAAUAUGGUAGCAAAACCAGUCUUAGUCGAACACCCUCACAGGGUGAAAAUACUUCUGUGUGCAAUAAUACAAUCAUUUCCAAUCCCCAUGCUACUUAUGGGAAAAAUGAAAAUGGGAGACCUAAUAUGUAUUCUCAAUCUCUUCCCAAUAUGCCACAAAAUGGCGCACCAGGAAAUUAUGUGGCUAUGGAAUAUGGAAGUCCACGCAAUUCUGGUUCAGGACAGGGAAUCUGGCUAAAGAAUACAAAUGGUAAUGCUCCAAUGCAUAUGUCUGAGACUGAGAGUAUGGAUUCCAUAUCUUCUCAUGCUUCCAGUAUCCAGGCUCAGAUACAGCAAGCUCGAGCCUUGAGUGAUGCCAGUGCUCGCAUUCUUGCUCAUGGUAUGAACAAUGUGAGCCUGUCUCGUUCAAACAGUCUCAAAUCUACUCAGUCUGACUCGGUCUAUGCUUCCACACACCAGGGGGAAAAUCUCACACGUACCAACUCUUUCUCUCAACUUCCAAGUCCCCCUCCCCCUUCCUCUCCAACCCCUAGCAAUAGUUCGCAUUCCUCUCGCUUCACAUAUCCUAUGACUGCUUUUGGUGGUGGAUCUAUGGGUGGUGGUGGAUAUGCCAAUCCUGCCAGUUUGAACCAGAACAUGGUGCGGUCUAAUACUCAGUCAAGUUUGCCUCCCUAUGGUAGCCUGGCUCACUCCAAGAUGAAUAGGGAUGAAGAUGGAAGCAUUCAUGGCUCAAACUUGUCUUUGGCGUCUUGCACCUCCUCCAUAUAUUCCACGGCUGAAGAAAAACAGCAGCAUGAGAUUCGUAAACUACGAAGAGAACUGGAGGCCGCCCAGGAAAAAGUGGUGACACUGACCACUCAACUCAGCACAAACGCCCAUGUGGUGGCAGCAUUUGAACAGAGCUUAACCAAUAUGACAGCUCGACUCCAGCAUCUUACUUCCACUGCUGAACAAAAGGCUAGCGAUAAAGUUCGUCUUCGCUCCAAACAAGAAAAGGAUUCAGAGCUGAAUGAACUGAGAGCUACCAUCGAGGCACUAAAACGACAGAGUGGUCUGAGUAUACCUGACCCCACAAUACUUAGCCCUGGGGCAGGGCGUCGUCACACCUCACCGGGUAUGGUCAAUACAAACGAUUACGUCUCUCAAAGUCCGCUCCACCAUCAACAAUCUCCUCACCGUGGCAACCGACCCGGGUUCAAUACCCUUCCGAUGCCCACUGAGGGCAGGAUCACACGACAGCUUUCCACGGACAGUGUUUCAAGUAUCAACAGUCUUUCUAGUGCGUGCAGCACUGCAAGUCAACAAUCGGCAGCCACGGACGGGGAGGCAGGGCGCCGCAAAAAGAAAAAGGGAUGGCUUCGAAGUUCCUUCAGCAAAGCUUUCUCUAGAAAGAAGAACAAGAGUGGCUCCAUGUCAGACUGCGAGGUGGAGGUAGGGCAGAUGAGGUCAAAUUUCUCAGCUCCUAACUCCCCACUUCUACAGAUCCACAUGCCAAACGGUCAGGGCCUUAUCAAAGGCUCUCACUCUUCUAGUGCUUUAUAUGAGGCGGAGGAUGCCACUUCUGUUCUGGAGCUGAGGAAACAGCUCCGUGAUAAAGACAUGAAGUUAACAGACAUCCGACUGGAGGCCCUGUCAUCUGCACACCAGCUAGAACAACUCCGCGAGACCAUGAAUAAAAUGAAGAAUGAAAUGAGUGCCUUGAAAGCAGACAAUGACAGAUUACAAAGAAUGAUGCAUGUUCGUCCAUUAAAUUCAUCCCAGAAUUCCAUAGUUCAUAAUCGUACCAGUAGUGAAUCUUUAGAGAGGUCCCUCAGUAUUACAGAACAGCCUAGUCUAGAAAUGAUAUUAUCAGAGACCCCUGAUAGAGAUGGGAAGAGAGUGACCAUGACUGUCUACCUGGGGUCAAAUCCUGACCCCCUAAGGGAGGGAGUAGAGAAACCAGCUGAAGUUUUAAUAGGUUCUCUCUCUGUCAGUGGAAAAACAAAAUGGGACAUCCUAGAUAAUAUUGUUAGAAAAAUAUUAAAGGAAUAUGUACUACGAGUUGAUCCUGUGACAAACCUAGGGCUCAGUGCGGAGAGUGUCUUUUCAUAUCACAUUGCAGAGAUUGUUCGAACAAAGGACGCUGAACUGCCAGAGUUACUUCCCAUUGGGUACCUUGUUGGUGAUACUAUGCAAAUUGGAAUUUGUUUGAAGGGAACCAGACAAAACAGUGUGGACUCUCUGGCAUUUGAGACCUUGAUCCCCAAAUCCAUAGUCCAGCGGUACGUCUCUCUGCUAUUGGAGCAUAGGAGGAUCAUACUUUGUGGACCAAGUGGAACCGGAAAAACUUACCUGGCUCAAAAACUGGCAGAGCACCUGGUUCUGAGAUCUGGAAAGGAGCUUACUGCUGGCUCAGUGGCAACAUUCAAUGUGGACCACAAGUCAGCCAAGGAAUUACGGCAGUACCUGGCCAACAUCGCAGAGCAGUGUGAGAACACAGGGGUAGGGGAACUCCCUAGUGUCAUUAUUCUAGACAACCUUCAUCAUGUGGGGUCUCUUGGAGAAGUGUUCAAUGGAUUCCUCAGCGUCAAGUACCAGAAAUGUCCCUACAUCAUUGGAACUAUGAAUCAGGCCACCUGUUCCACAACAAAUCUACAGCUCCAUCACAAUUUCCGCUGGGUCCUGUGUGCCAACCACAUGGAGCCUGUCAAGGGGUUCCUGGGAAGGUAUCUCAGACGAAAACUUGUGGAGGCAGAGGUCAGAACUGGUAUCCGUAACAACGACCUUAACAAGAUCAUUGAUUGGGUGCCUAAAGUCUGGCUCCACCUCAACAAGUUCCUGGAGACACAUAGCUCUUCUGAUGUCACCAUUGGUCCACGUUUGUUCCUGUCCUGUCCAAUGGAGAUUGCUGGGUCCAAGGUGUGGUUUACAGACUUGUGGAACUAUUCCAUUGUUCCCUAUCUAUUGGAGGCUGUCAGAGAGGGACUGCAGGUGUAUGGAAAAAGAGCACCUUGGGAGGACCCCACAGACUGGGUCCUAGAGUCGUAUCCAUGGGCGACGGCCAAGGAUGAGGAUCCCUCCCUGCUGAAGAUCAGGCCUGAGGAUGUGGGUUACGACAGCCAGGGAGUUAUCUCCACCUCGUCUGGGGUCCCACUGAAAUCAAAGUCUACUGACUCAACCAACCAUGGUGAAUCGACAACUGACCCCUUGUAUAACAUGAUCAAACGUCUACAGGAAGCCGCUAAUUAUUCUAGUUCUCAGAGCGGACAGGACGACGAUUCAGCCAGUGUGGGCAGUAGAAGCAGCAGUAUACAGGACCUGUCUACGUCAAGCGUAGAGUCCACUAUUUGAAAAAUUGAAAUUUUUCCUUGAAUUCAAACAUUUUAAUGAUUCUGAAGCUGAAUGCUGUGAUUGUUUAGAAGCUUGGAUUUUCUAGAGUUAAUUUUUAAGUAAAUGAUAUCAUGUUUAAUUUAUAUGACCAAAAAGAACUGUUGAUGUUCAUAUUUAUAAACUGAAAAUGAUGUACAUAUAUUUACUGAACAUAUUGCCAAAUACUAUAUGCCUAAAAUGGAAAUUCUGUCUCUGAACAAAAGCAGAUUUUUCUUCAAAAUAAAUGAAAGUAUUAUUAAGUCAUACCACAUAAUACUUUAGAUAAGAGAGGAUAGGCAGCUACUCAGAAAAAAGGGUGCUUUUAUUACAUUUCAUGAAAUGUGGUGAAUUUUUUUUUUUUAAUUUUGAUUUCCCGGUAAGGCCAAUUGGAAGAUGUGCAAUUUUAAUUUCUUUGAAGGUGUACAUGUAUUUCUAAAUGUACCUGGACAUGACGCAAACUAAAAACAUUUGCAAAAUAUGUUACUAAAUCAAAUGCAAAUGAUAACCAUCAAGAUGAAUUUGUUGGUUUUUUUAAACAGUAUAUGUACAAUAGUACAGUAGAUGUAGGAAAACGGCAUGUUGCAUGAUUUUUAUUUCUGUUGUGUUGUAUGUGUGAAGUAUGGUAUUAAUUUUGCGUCACAUUUCCCAACUGCUGCACCAUUGUAUACAGUUUUUUUAGCAAUCAUUAAUAUUAAACAUUCAUUAAGAAAAUCUGUGGCAAUUAAAUUCUCCUUGAAUUUUUUUUCUACUGAUUCAUUUCUACAAAACAAAAUACAAUUGUAAGACAGAAAAUUUUAUGAUUCCAUGUUCUGUUUAUUUUAAGGUCCGACCAGCCAAGAACGUUACUGCCGACACAGCUUAGCAAAUAUGUGAAUUGUAAAUACUGAACUUAAAUAAUUUAUCAAUGCAACAUGUCUGUUUAGGAAGUGACACAUUGACUCUGUACAUAUCUAAAUUUGCAAAUGGAAAUUUAAGAAAGCUAUGCCUUUCUUAAGGGUAAUAUCUCCUAUGGUUUUCAUCCAUGAGGAGAUCAUUGGGCAGGGAGGUAACUCUUCAUUUAUAACUAUUUUUAGAACUUUUUCUCUGAAAGACGUAAAUUGUCAAAUUUAUUUAAUAUGUGGAGGGUAAAUGCAAAUGAAUUUUUCAAUGACAUUGUAUUUUGUUCAAUUGGACAGCAUGAAUUGAUUUUUUCAUGUUAAUUCUGUGGUCUAUACACGUUUAUUAUUCUGUGCUUCAAAAACCCUUGCUUUAUGCAUUUUUUAAAAUUGCUUAAUCCCUUAAUGUGCAGGUUUCAGGAAAAAUCAAAGCUUUUUUGGUUAGGGUGUGUAACGCUUUGAAAUAUGCAUUGCCUUUAGCUUACCAUUUUCGACUUUUGGGAGGGGCAUAGGUUUCCUAAAUAUUUUUUUUCAUUGUUGUGUCAUUAAUACAUGUAUGUGUACAUGAACUGUUCUGUAAAGAGGACAUCAACUAUCUGUUAUUACUAGGCUUCUUUGUAAAUUAACUUCUAUAGUACAACAAAAUUGUGUGAAUUGGAACCAUGUGAAGUACAUACUGCAUGUCAUAUACCUGUAUGUGGCAUAAUUAAGAGUAUAAUGCAGACUGUAGUGGUCAUGUUUGUUUUGAAAGACUUAAUGUUGGUACAGCCAAGAACAGCAAGCAUGGAUCAUGGCUUUCAGACCCUGGAUAAAAUUUUACAUUAAUGCAAAUAUUUCAUAUUCAGUAGAUAUCCAUGAAUAUUCCACAUACAAGAGCUGUAGGUUUCAUUUUAUACAGUACAUUUUUUUUUUCAUUCAGGCCAUAGUGGCAAUAUCAUUUUUGUAUAGAUAUAUAGAUUGUAGUAACACUCUCUGAAACUUUUCAUUGAGAGUGAUCAUAAUUAUUUCACAUUCUUUCCUUAUGCUAGUCAUCACAUGGGAGUAUAUCAAAGAGACUUUUUUAUGUCCAUGAUGUUUAUUAGAAAUAUCAGCAUAUUUAUCUCAGUUUGCACACUAUUUUCCAGGUGAACACAUUUUUCAAAUACACUAUGAAAGGUGCUGAAUUAUAUGUAAUAAAAUCUCAACUAUGUACAGAAAUGGAGGUCAUUUUGUCAGCAUUGUACUGAUGUUACUAUUUAUAACUGUAAAUAUUAAAAAAACUUGUUUGAAUGGUGUUUCUUGUUGUUCAGAGGUUUUGAUUGUUGUGGUGUUGACAAGUUGUUUGUUGUUUCUACAAGAAGUCCCAUUUACAACCAUAACAACAUAAUAUUAAAAGAUGAAUUUAAGUUGAACAUUAACAUUUUUUCUUGUCUUAUUAUAAUCAUGAAUUGUAAACAGACAUGUAUGUUCCUUGAUGUUUUGUAAAGAGGAAAAUGACAGAGAAUCAUGUUUGAUAAUAAAUAUUUAUUUCCAAACAAUA